UUCAGUUCGUGAUCGCUCUAAUGACAAAAGAUUACGCGAAGGCUCGCGACGUUGGGGAUCGACUAUUAAAACGAAACCGGGACGACGCAGACGUUGGCCGUGCACUCAAUAUUCUGCAGCACAUAAAAAAGCGCGAGGAGCGCGAAAGGUCAAGUUUAAUUGAAUCCGACGAUGUGCGUGUGGGAAGCGACGCGACCGAUGGCGACGAUACCAAUUUCGUAGACGACAAUGCGGAUGCUCGCAUCGAUCUGGGAAUGGCGGAUAGAAUCGCGUCACCCGGCACGUCCCGAUUGAGUAAGACCAGUGACGAACUUAAGCAGAGAAUGUACAGGGUAAUAGCAGUAAGAGUGAGCAGAGAGGAAUUAAAACAAAAGUAAAAAGGG